UUGGUCUUCUCUUAUCUUAAUAUCUGCUGGAACUGGAAGCCACAAACCAAACCACCAAGCUUCCGCUGCUCUCUAAUAAAAUAAAUCUCUGUGAAUCCGCACACAGUUCAGUUCUCACUAAUCUUCUUUCUUUCUGAUUGCAAUGGCAACUUCUUCUCCAUGCUUCAGUCUUUUAAAUUCUCUCACAGUCAUCCAAAAGCCAGGCGACAACUCUCGCUGUUCCUGCGGCAUGAACUCGAGCAAUCAGAAGCCACAGAGGACAGUAAAGUGUCGCCCUGUAAAAGCUAAGGCAACAAAAGAUGAUCAAGGCACCGUACGCAAGAGUGUUAUUUGCUCUGAUUGCGAUGGCAACGGUGCAGUUCUGUGCUCCCAGUGCAAAGGCAGUGGGGUGAAUCAUGUCGAUUACUUUGAUGGGCAAUUUAAAGCCGGUGAAUCAUGUUGGCUUUGCGGCGGGAAAAAGGAUAUGCUGUGUGGAAACUGCAAUGGGGCUGGCUUUCUCGGGGGCUUCAUGAACAGCUUUGACACAUAGGGCCAAAAUUAUAUGCUACGUGGAAAUUGCAGCGGGGCUGACCAGCUUUGAUGCUUCUCAGUGAGCGAGCGAGCUCGCCCGCCCGCAUGGCUUGGAUUGCGGUUCUCUAUGGUUCGUAUUACUUAAAGAUCGUGUGUUGUAUAUGUGAUUGUGAAUAGCUUGAGUGGGUGCAGCAAAUUGGUAGAUUUUACAUCCCUUGUAAAUUGAUCCAAUGAUUUAAUUAUGUUCUCAACUUCCUUA